AUGCGGUCGUCUAUGGCUGAAGCGGGCGAUCGCAAGACGGCGCCCGUGCCUCGGCCGUCUCACGGCCCUGGGCCACCACGCCCUCAUCCUCCACAUGGGAUACCGCAGGGCCCUCGUAAUUAUAAAACGUUAUAUGAUAAAGAGCUUGGAGCUAAAGAAACGAUUCGUAGAUAUAAUGGACAUAUUCCCGGGCAUCCUAAG